GACAAUUAAAUAAUUUUAACAAUCCGUAUUUACAUAGUUCCAUUUAAUUGGGCAUUGUUGUCUUCGCGAGUUCUAAGAAUCCACUCUCAUCCCUGUCUUUGAAGUGGGAAGCAGAACAACCCCUUACAACUUGGAAAUUCCAAACUGAACUCCGAUACAAACCAUAAACAACACUUCACAGAAACGAUUUCGUCCUAUAUACCUUACUUUAUCAUCAUGUAUUUGUUGACAGCGAAACCCUCCUUCAGACCUCAAUUGACACUAUCAUCUUCUUCUUCUUCAACUUCUACUUCGUUAUCUUCAAUUUCUCGAUUUUCCGUCCCAACUCGUUCACCUUCAUCAAUCACCUUUCCGAGAAAUUCAAACCAUAAUGGAAGACUUAGUUUCAGAGUUGAAUCAUCCAAAAAUGACUCUCCCAAUUCCGCUAGUGCCGGCGACUCCAAAUCCCCUAACGGCACUCUGUCAAAGAGCAGGAGAGAAAUCUUACUGGAAUAUGUCAAGAACGUGCAGCCGGAAUUUAUGGAAUUGUUUGUGAAAAGAGCGCCUCAACCGGUUGUGGAUGCAAUGCGACAAACUGUGACGAAUAUGAUUGGAACACUGCCUCCUCAAUUUUUUUCUAUAACAGUUACCACUGUAGCUGAGAACCUUGCACAACUUAUGUACAGUGUCAUGAUGACUGGAUACAUGUUUAGAAAUGCACAAUACCGUUUGGAACUGCAAGAAAGUUUGGAACAAGUUGCCCUUCCUGAUCUGCAAGAUAAAAAGGAUGUUCCAGACUAUGCUCCUGGGACGCAAAAGAAUGUUUCAGGUGAAGUCAUUCGGUGGAACAACAUUUCUGGGCCUGAAAGAAUGGAUGCUAAAAAGUACAUUGAAAUACUUGAAGCAGAGAUUGAGGAGCUGAAUCGUCAAGUUGGAAGACAGUCUAAUAAUGCACAAAAUGAACUAUUGGAAUUCCUAAAAUCUCUUGAGCCUCGAAAUUUGAAGGACUUAACUAGUAGUGCUGGGGAGGACGUUGUGUUUGCAAUGAAUACAUUCAUAAAGCGCCUGCUGGCUGUUGCAGAUCCUAGUCAAAUGAAGACUAGCGUGACAGAGACUAGUGCGCCUGAACUUGCCAAACUGCUUUAUUGGUUGAUGGUGGUCGGGUACAGCAUUCGCAACAUUGAAGUUCGGUAUGACAUGGAAAGAGUACUCGGAACUCCUCCAAAGCUGGCUGAAUUGCCGCCGGGUGAAAUUGUUUAAGCAGCCUUAAUGAAGUCGGUAAUCGAAUUACUGUUUUUCCCCAAGUUGGAACCAAGUGCCUUAAUUAGAUUUUGCACUUUUUUAUUGAUUGGCUGAAGGCUUGGUGACAUAAAGGACAGGGCUUCAUUUUUAGAGUUCCGGAACUAUUGGUUUCCUAAUAGUUCAUGUGAUGGAUCAUCUUUUUUUCUUCCUCUUGGUAGAAUGGAACUUUUCUUCCAAGUUAUACUGACAUGAUAUCGAAGUUAAUUCUUGAAGACGCAUUAUCCUUUGAUUUAUAUGUAACUUCUUUGACAGCCUAAAACUAUGGUGAAUUAUUUAAAUACAGAAAAGAUUGUUGGUUCGUUUUA